AGAGGCAGCACUGCCUGCUUUACUUCCUGCAAAACACAGGGCAGGCACCCAUUGCAUUCACACACACGCGCUUACACACUCACACUCACACUCUGCCUCUCUCUCACCCUCACUCUCCCUGGCAGACAUGGAUCUGGAUGGCAUUCUGGAGAAGCUGGAAGCAGGGGAGCAGGAGCUGGUCCAGAAGACCCUGAUGGAGUAUAAUAAGGAGAAUUCACAGUGUUUUUUCUUUAAUGCAGAACAGAGGGAGCAGCGUAAGUUCAAGAAAAAGAAAUUCCGGGACUGGGUCGCCAAAUCUGACUCUGACUAUGAUUCUGAUUACUCAGAUGAUCAGGAGGUCAAGAUGCGAGAGAAACUUGGAGAGAUGGUAAUAAAGAUCUUGGAACGAGACCUGCAGCCUUCUUGUCAGGUGGUCUGCUUGGAAACUAUCCGCAUUUUAUCUCGGGACAAGCACGGCUUGUCCUCCUUCACCACCCCUUCAGCAAUGCACAUCCUCGCUCAGUACGCGGGGCUGGACUAUUCAGAAGAGGUCGAAGUUCCACGUAUCCCAGACAGCGAGAGCGUCGUUGAAGCGCUGAAGGGACUGUGCAACAUCAUAUAUAACAGCGUGGAAGCCCAGGAGAUGGCCAAGGAGCUGCGUCUGGUGCGUGGCCUAGCUCGACGUCUAAAGCUAUAUAAUGAAACCCGGUCGUCCCACGAGAGCAAGUUCUUCGACCUUCGACUUCUCUUCCUCCUCACUGCUCUGAGGGUGGAUGUGCGGAGACAGCUGGCCCAAGAGCUCAGGGGUGUGAGUCUCCUAACCGAUGCCUUGGAAAGUACCCUGGCACUGAAGUGGUCUGAUAUUUACGAGGUGGUGACAGACCGUCUCGCUCCUCCUCUGGGCAAAGAGGAGACGGAGAGGGUUAUGGAAAUCCUGAAGACCCUCUUCAACAUCACCUUUGACAUCAGCCGCAGAGAGGUAGACGAGGAAGACGCUGCUCUCUAUCGCCACCUGGCAGCUAUCCUCAGGCACUGCUUGCUCCGGCAGAGCGAUGGGGAGGACCGAACAGAAGAGUUUCAUGGACACACCGUGAACCUUCUGGUUAACCUACCCCUCAUGUGCCUCGAUGUUCUGCUGACCCCCAAAGUAGAGCAUGGCUCGGUGGAGUACAUGGGAAUGAACAUGGACACGGUAGAAGUCCUCCUACAGUUCCUCGACAGAAGACUGGACAGGGGUCACAAGUUACGGGAAACAUUAACGCCCGUCCUAAACCUGCUCACGGAAAGUUCACGAGUUCAUCGCGAGACGCGAAAGUUCCUCCGCGCAAAGGUUCUUCCACCUCUGAGAGAUGUGAAAAAUCGCCCGGAAGUGGGUAACACGCUGCGCAAUAAGCUGGUGCGACUGAUGACGCACGUCGAUACAGACGUGAAGCAUUGUGCCGCCGAGUUCCUGUUUGUCCUUUGCAAGGAAAACGUGUCUCGUUUCGUGAAAUAUACGGGCUACGGCAAUGCGGCCGGCUUGCUUGCUGCACGUGGACUCCUGGCAGGCGGACGAGGGGAAGGUCAUUACUCAGAAGACGAGGACACCGAUACAGAAGAGUACAGAGAAGCCAAACCCAACAUUAACCCUGUGACUGGCCGUGUAGAAGAAAAGCAACCCAACCCAAUGGACGGAAUGACAGAAGAACAGAAGGAGUACGAGGCCAUGAAGCUAGUCAGUAUGUUUGACAAAUUAUCCAGGGAACAGAUCAUCCAGCCGAUGGGGGUAACGUCCGACGGUAGAUUAGAAGCUCUGGAUGAGGCCGCGCAGAAGAUGCUGCAACAACAAGAGUCAUCGGACUUGGAGUCCGACUCGGACUAAAGAAUUCUCCAGAAGAGGUCAAAUCCAGAACCUGAGCCAAGCACAAGCCGAGACCGGAGAGAGAGAGAGCGUACAACAAACUCUUACCCAGACACUGCACACAUAAGGAAAAAUAAUCUAGACUGCUGUAGAUGUAUUUGAGAGACCUCGGCUAUAGAGCAGUCAACAGGACACCAGUAGCAUUAAAGGCUCGUUUAGGGGACAACCCCAAGAAACAGAGACUGAAAGGUCUUACACGCCGAGACCUAGCAUUGAAUAUUAUCUUCACUGCUUCGUAGACAUGUCUCUACAUAGAAGGCCUUCUCAAUCAGAGAACGUGUUAGCAGUUUGAUCUUAGAUAUGAAGGACAGAGAGGUCACUCGAAAAGAACACUUGGUCCAGAAGACUCGACCUUUGGUGUAGCGCUACUUGGACUCGGUCGUUCCAACUUUAUGUUCGUUGGCAGGCGAUAUGGGUCCAGCUCAUCAAGAUCUUCCUUUUCAAUGAUUUUUAGAUCUUUGUUUUUUCUUCUUCUUCUUCAUGUUUCGGAGAAGCCGUUGCGUGGAAUUUCGGGAGUUGUAUAGAACGAUGCCCUGGUAGAGGGGAGUGUACCGUUUCCUUGCUGUAAUCGUGCAUUCCGGUAAAACCUGUUAGACAGCCUGCUUCAAAAAGAAAAAAUAAAUAAAUAAUAAAUCAAAAAAAAAAA